UAUAACACAGAUCUGAUAGAAUUAAAGCCUCACUUUGUUCCGACGAGAGAAUUUACACACGGACACCAAAUGCACGCCUGCUACAAGCUGUUGAUUCGCAACCAUUGGAUGGUAAAUGUGCAGAAGAAAUCCAAUCUCUGAAGUCGACAUCGAGGAUGGACCCGGGUGUGUGAACCCCAUGGCAGGCCACAACUUCAUAUCCAGCCUUACAAAUCGGAAUCUAUUUACCUCUUCAUCGACGCUUGGUAGCCUGGAAAUAUGGGAAUGUGACAUUGUGGAUUUAGUUGGGAUAGAGCCGCAUUGCUAUUUAUAAGAGACACCAGAGCGUGCGGUUGGAAGCGCGUCCACAUAGACACACGAAGGACUGACAACUUAUGAAAUGGUCUAGUAGGCCUAUCUGAGCGCUGCACCAGUCCACUGAUUAUACUCUCAAGGGGAGUCAAAGUUACUGUUUUUUAAAAUGAAGGAAAAAUCUAAAAAUGCUGCCCGGACUCGACGCGAGAAGGAGAACAGUGAAUUUUAUGAACUGGCCAAACUUCUGCCCUUGCCCUCUGCGAUCACCUCGCAGCUCGAUAAAGCCUCCAUCAUCAGGCUCACCACUAGCUAUCUCAAAAUGAGAAUUGUAUUUCCCGAAGGCCUUGGAGAGUCCUGGGGUCACGUGAGUCGGUCUCUCGACAACGUUGGACGGGAGUUGGGCUCGCAUCUUUUACAGACGCUGGACGGCUUUAUCUUCGUCGUGGCUCCGGAUGGUAAAAUAAUGUACAUCUCUGAGACGGCGUCCGUCCACCUGGGCCUGUCGCAGGUAGAGUUGACGGGGAACAGCAUCUACGAGUACAUUCACCCGGCCGACCACGACGAGAUGACCGCGGUCCUCACGGCCCACCAACCCUACCAUUCGCACUUUGUUCAGGAAUAUGAAAUGGAGCGCUCUUUCUUCCUCAGAAUGAAGUGUGUCCUCGCGAAGAGAAACGCUGGUCUCACCUGCGGGGGCUACAAGGUGAUCCACUGCAGCGGCUACCUGAAGAUCCGCCAGUACAGCCUGGACAUGUCUCCCUUCGACGGCUGCUACCAGAACGUGGGUCUGGUGGCGGUGGGUCACUCGCUGCCGCCCAGCGCGGUGACGGAGAUCAAGCUCCACAGCAACAUGUUCAUGUUCCGCGCCAGCCUGGACAUGAAGCUCAUCUUCCUGGACUCACGGGUGGCUGAUCUGACGGGCUACGAACCACAGGAUCUGAUCGAGAACACUCUGUACCACCACGUCCACACCUGUGACUCCUUCCACCUGAGAUGUGCACACCACUUGUUGCUGGUCAAGGGUCAAGUGACCACCAAAUACUACCGCUUCCUGGCCAAGCAGGGGGGCUGGGUGUGGGUGCAGAGCUACGCCACCAUCGUGCACAACAGCCGCUCGUCCAGGCCCCACUGCAUCGUCAGCGUCAACUACGUUCUCACGGAGACGGAGUACAAAGGCCUGCAGCUCUCUCUGGACCAGGUCUCUCCGAAGACCCCCUUCCCCUACAGCAGCAUCGGCGGCGGCGGUGCCCCCAGCGCCCUCGCCGACCACCGCAGGACCCCCAAGGGCCGCGCGCCCCGUCCCAAGACCAAGGCCCGGCUCUCCCCCUACACGCAGUAUGGCGGCUUCCAGACGGAGCGCUCCGAGUCGGACCAGGACAGCCCCUGGGGCGGCAGCCCUCUGACGGACUCCACCUCCCCGCAUCUGCUGGAGCAGAGCGAGGGCCCGGAGAGCACCUGUGCCUACCGCCAGCUCCCGGACCCCCGCCCCGUCUGCUACGGCCUCCCCCUCUCCGAGGAGCACCACACGGUCGCCAACGGCCACGCCCACAACCAGGGCUGCGAGAGGGGCCGCUGCGAGGCGGGACGCUACUUCCUGGGACCCCCGCCGCCGGCCGGAAGGGACGCUUGGUGGGGCUCCGCGCGCUCCAUGGCCCCCACGCCGAAGGGCCCCUCCUUGGAGAACGCAGAGGUCUACGACGGCAGCAUGCCGCACAUCGCAGCCCUUCAAAACCUGCACGGGCGAGGUCAGUGGGACGAGGACAGCGUGGGCAGCUCCCCGGACGGGGGCUCCGCCAGCGACUCGGGGGAGCGCUACCGCGGCGAGAGCUACCGCGCCAGCCCGCAGGAACCCAGCAAGAUCGAGACCCUGAUCCGAGCGACCCAGCAGAUGAUCAAAGAGGAGGAAUGCCGGCUGCAUCUGCGCAAGGGCCCCCACGGCACGCCCCUCGGCCCCGCCAACGGCCUGCCCCGGGGCCAGUCCUGCUUCUCCCCUGAGUACCCUCAGGCGUCUCUGCCGCUGCAGGGCGUGGCGUGUCGCGGACUCAGCCCCGCCCAGAGCCCCGCCCCGCUGUCCAAGCUCAGCAGCCCCGGGUCGGAGCACCACUCGGCGGCCAAUGACUACCUCCGGACGGACCUGUCGCCGCUCUCCGUGCCGCUGCACCACCCGAUGGGCCGCGCCGCCGGGCCCUGCUCCGUCUCCCCCACCCCGGCCCCCGCCCUCUACCCCGCCCAGCCCCACGCCGCCUGCCCCUACCUGGACAAGCACGCGGCGUACUCCCUGAGCGGCUACGCCCUGGAGCACCUGUACGACUCGGACAGCCUGCGGGGCUACUACGGCGCCACGGCCACGGGCGCCAGCCACUACGACGUGACCCCCCACCUGCGCAUGCAGGCGGAGCAGAGCGUGGGACACAAGGCCACCUCCGUCAUCAUCACCAACAGCAGCUAA